UGACACCUGUCUCCCUGCUGUAAUACAGACGGACGAAGCACGAGUGUCUUCAUCUUGGAAAUAAUCGAUAAAACAGCGGCAUAUCUCAGCUCUGAACUCCAUCAGGAGGUCGUGUGCCCUCACUGCUUCGUCAUGGCGCCCGCUGCUCGUGCUGUUGGAGGCUUUUAUUGGUGAAACAUCAAGAAAUAAAGGUGACCCGUCGCCUCCACAGAUGUGGCCGCUACCUCUGCUGAGACUGCUGUUCAUGAACCGCGAGGACGCGCUGAUCGAGCGGCUGCGGCUCGGCCUGGAGGGAUGACAGGACUGUGGCGGACCAACAUGGAGACAGGGGAGACGCGCGUCCACGUGGAUUCUCCUCUUUAGACCCCCUCAGGACACGGACUCAAACCUAUGUUCAUAUUUUUUUCACUCAGAGCUGUUUUGUUAGUUUUCGUGAAGCCAUACUCGAGUCAGGAUGAGCUCGGAGGGUUUUCAGUACCGAGCGCUCUACGACUACAAGAAGGAGAGGGAGGAGGACAUUGACCUGCACGUCGGGGACAUGCUGCUGGUCACUAAGGGGGCGCUGCUGGCGCUCGGCUGCACCAACGGAGCCGAAGAACGGCCGUCGGAGAUCGGCUGGCUGCCGGGCUUCAACGAAACCACACAGGAAAAAGGCGACUUCCCGGGAACGUAUGUGGAGUUUGUCGGCAGGAAGCGGAUGUCUCCGCCCACCCCGAAGCCCCGCCCACCCAGGCCCCCAUCUGCAGCAUCGGUGAGGGCCGACUCGGAGUCAGAGGGUCUCCUGCUGCCGGACCUCCCCGAGCAGUUCGGACCCCCGGACACGGCCCCGCCCCUCCUCAGCAGACUGAUGGAGGCCAUAGAGACCAAAGGUUUGGACAGCCCCGGCGUGUAUCGCAGCCUCAGCGGCGGCGGCGUGGACACGCAGCAGCUCGCAGACGCAGACCUGGAGCAGCUGGAGGUGCCGUCCCUGUGUGACGGGGUGGUCCGGUUCCUGCAGGAUCUCCCCGCUCCCGUCCUGCCAGCCUCGCUGCAGGCCGACAUGAUCCACGCCGUUCAAGAGGUCAGAGACCUAGAGGAGUGCGCCCAGUUGCUGCGGAGCGUGGCCAGCUCGCCAACUUGCCCCGCCCAGUACGGGCUGACCUUGCUCAGCGUGGUUAGACACCUGGCCCGACUGUGCCUGCACGGCUCCAGGAACCAGCUGAGCCCCCGAAACCUCGCCGAGAGCUUCAGCCCGCUGCUGUUCAGACAGACAGCCGGGUCUGAGUCCGGUCUGGAUCCUCUGGUUCAGGUCCUGGAGGUUCUGAUAACCAGCGAGCUCAACAUGAACCAGGCCGCACCAGCUUUACCUCCUAAACCUGUGAAGUCUUCGGCUCCGGCUCCUUCCACCAGUUUCAACAACAGCAUGGUUCUGCAGGACGCCGAGUGGUACUGGGGAGACAUUUCCAGGGAGGAGGUGAACGAGAAGCUGAGGGACACGGCCGAUGGUACGUUUCUGGUCCGAGAUGCCUCCACCAAGAUGCACGGAGAUUACACUCUGACUCUGAGGAAAGGAGGCAACAACAAGCUGAUAAAGAUCUUCCAUCGGGAGGGGAAGUACGGCUUCUCCGACCCCCUGACCUUCAGCUCGGUGGUGGAGCUGAUCAACCAUUACAGACACGAGUCUCUGGCCCAGUACAACCCCAAACUGGACGUCAAGCUGCUUUACCCGGUCUCCAAGCACCAGCAGGAUCAGGUGGUGAAGGAGGACAGCAUCGAGGCGGUGGGGAAGAAGCUGCACGAGUAUCACCUGCAGUACCAGGAGAAGAACCGAGAGUACGACAGGCUGUACGAGGAGUACACCAGAACAUCGCAGGAGAUCCAGAUGAAGAGGACGGCCAUCGAGGCGUUCAACGAGACCAUAAAGAUCUUCGAGGAGCAGUGUCAGACUCAGGAGCGCUUCAGCAAAGAGUACAUCGAGAAGUUUCGCCGGGAGGGAAACGACAAGGAGAUCCAGAGGAUCAUGGAGAACUACGACAAGCUCAAGUCCCGCAUCAGCGAGAUCGUGGACAGCAAGCGCCACCUGGAGGUGGACCUGAAGAAGCAGGCGGCCGACUACCGAGAGAUCGACAAGAAGAUGAACAGCAUCAAACCGGACCUGAUCCAGCUCCGCAAGACCAGGGACCAGUACCUAAUGUGGCUGACUCAGAAAGGAGUUCGGCAGAGGAGGCUGAACGAGUGGCUCGGCCUGAAGAACGAAACCACAGAGGACGAGUACAGCAUGGUGGAGGAUGAGGAGGACCUUCCUCAUCACGACGAGCGUCUGUGGCGCCUCGGAAACAUCAACCGCAGCCAGGCGGAGUCUCUGCUGCGAGGGAAGAGGGACGGCACCUUCCUGGUCCGGGACAGCAGCAAGCCGGGCUGCUACGCCUGCUCCGUGGUGGUGGAUGGCGAGGUGAAGCACUGCGUCAUCAACAAGACGAGCACAGGCUACGGCUUCGCCGAGCCCUACAACCUGUACGGCUCGCUGAAGGAGCUGGUGCUGCACUACCAGCACACGUCGCUGGUCCAGCACAAUGACUCGCUCAACGUCACGCUGGCCUUCCCCGUCUACAGCCAGCAGAGACGGUGACCCGCCCCCCGACAUCGUUUACACGCCCCCCUCCCCGCCUCUCCUCAUUUCCCUCUUCAGACACAGAUCAGGAACACGAGGAACACGUUACAGACGUGCCCGUAUCACACUUUCCCUUCUGUCAGCAUGCUCAAGGUGCUGCGGGCUGUUUGUCUGUUGCGUAUCGAUGUCACCGAGGAACAGAAGCGAGGCAGGGCCGCCGUGUUUCAGCUGACGGUGUUUCACGAGCGGUGUGAGGGUGGGCGGGGCUGCUGUCGCUUAGACCUGGUGUGAUUAAAAUUUACAGACUUGAUGAUUUAUUCAGUAUGACCCAAAAUGAGCAGUUGACAGAGGUCAUUGGUCCCUCAGACUUCUGUAGGACUGGAAGUAUUUUUGGCGCCCUCUGGUGGCGUAGAAUGCAGGUGAAGGCGUUUCCUGACUGUGACCCUGCAGCUGCGCCCAUGUUUCCCUGCCUGUGUUUAGUUUUUAACUUUGUGCAACAGUUUCCUGUCAUUCGUGCACACUCACACGU